AUGGGAGAAUUGAACGAGAGCGCUAUUCGCGCCUGGCUAGGGUUGGACGAAUCGUCACUGCCCAGUCCAGCAGCCUCACCGAUCGAAUUCCUAAUGGUCAAUCUCAGAUUUCUUCCUCCGCAUCUGCUGCAGUCCUUUUCAAAUAUCACCUCACCCAAGGACCGUUCUCGACUCCCUGCAAUUCGAAAUCGUCGACUUAAAUACUCGGCGGCCGCACCAGAGUUGCGGUUCGCCGCUGCUCGCAAUAACUGGCCGCUGUUAUAUGAAGGAACAUCCCGGCCGACGAAGCCUGGCGGCGAAGAAGAGAAAGCUUGGGUUCAGAACGACUUCCUGGAUGGACGGAGGAAGCAUGUUGGCAAGCUUGGAGAGCUGUUGAGUGGAUAUGAAGAUGAGCGCGAAGGCGAGCGACUUCGUGCCCUACGACGCGAAAAGGCAGAGGCAGAAUUUGUGCCUGAAGAGGAAGAGGACAGUGACAGCGACGACGAGGGCCCUCUUCCACCUGAAGAACCAGUGACUGAAGGGGUGGCGAAAGCAUCAUUUGAACGCUUGAUUCGAGAACGUUUCAUAUAUGGUCUCCUAGAUGGUGUGGAUUACGAUAGAGUGGACUGGGAUGAGAGCUUAGAUGGAGACACGGACAGGGAAAGUGAAGAAAGGUGGUUUGAUGAAGAGGAAGAGGAUUGAGUCUCCAACGGGGAUAUGUAUGUUGUAACUUCACUACAGUAAAAGAUCAAUAAGAUGCGCGUAUUGCGUUCGUCAGGGACGCUUUCCUGGUAAUUAUUUCUUCUUUGCCAUGUUAAUCCUAAACAUGGCAACUAAGGAAACAUUUAUCAACUGCCCAUCUUGUAUG